AAAAGAUUCGCACCAACAUACCAAAUGUUAUCGUAAAUAUUGUUGGGAAUUUUAACGUUUCUCAAAUUUAUAAAAUCACUCGCGGUCAAACUGGAUAUUGUAAAAGACUCGGUAUAUUGCCAAAUUUUGAAUGUGAAUGCGCCUUUCUUGAUGGUCCAGAAGGUGACAAAAAACGCCAAAGAAUGGAUGACCUCGCACAUGAAUAUAAUACUGCAAUUAAUAGGAUCGCACAAAAUUAUGCUGAUCAUCCAAGUGAUAAUUUUGCUGUUGUGUUUCAACCUUUUGAUGUGGACUUGAUGAGCUUUCCGAUUGAUGCCCUUA